UGACCCUCUGCUGGGCUCCUGGGGGCCGAUCCGUCAUGCAGACAGAGAGCCAUGGAUGGACGAAGUUCCUCUGUGCUGCAGCUGCUGGUUUGGUGACUUUGUGUUUGUUUCAAAUCUUUGUGGUCUGAUAACUGACCAGUAGACCUCAGUGAGUUCUAGCAGGGAGUUCAACCUCCACUUGGUGUUCCUCAGGGCUCAGUGCUGGAGACGCUUCGGUUUAUUAUACAUAUAAAUAUGUUUCAUUUAAAUGAGCCUCAUGCAAAAUAUCAUUUUUGUGCUGAUGUAACUGUUUGGUUCUGGUCUCUCAUCUAACAGUGUUUUCAUUCAAAUUCAGUCAACUUUUAAUGUUUUACAGACAAAUCCCCCCUUCAGCUUAAUGCAGUUAAAUUAAACAUCUGAAAAUUGAAACACUGUGAUAGUAUAAAUAUUUAUGAUUUUUAACUUUCUUUGUCACCUGGUGAAGAAGCUGAGAAAAAAACUGGGAUUAUUCAUUUCAGGAUCAGAUCCUGUCUGUCUUUUAUUCUAUGUUUAUAUAUCUAUAUUUUAUGUCUGUACUAUAGAGACUUUUCAAACAUGCACGCUUCUCUUAAAUGAUUUUAUUCGCUGGGUCUAGUUUAUCAUGGAUCUUUCCAAUUUAUAAACAGUUUACAGCGAUGUGUGAAAGGUGCAUUUUACAGCCGGGCUGGAUGGAGGCUUGGCCACUUUUAUUCCAUCAUUAGUAUAUUUUUCUGUAUGAGGUCACAACAGGACUUCUUCCUUCACGUUUGUUGGCCUACAGGAAGAAUAUUCUCUUCGAUGUGAAUUUAUUCUUAUUUUCGGUGCAUUAAGUCUGAACUGAACGUAAAAAUCUUUUCUGUUUGUCCCCAUCGUCUUGACACAGUAAUGAACUUAAAGCUGAUGUAUGUCUCCAAAUGUUUUUAGAUUCUUACUGAUGUUGAGAAAGAAUCAUAUCUGUCAAUAACUGAGGAACCUUUUAAUUCAUUUAUGGUUCACAGUGUGAACUUUUUCUGUGUUGCUGUGAAUGUUGCGUAAUGUUCUGUCCUGCUGGCAGCCUUGGCCAGGUUUCUCUUCUGAAAGAGGGUUUUUAAUCUCAAUGGGAUUUUCCUGGUGAAAUAAAGGUUAAUAAUAAUGAUAAUAAUAAUAAUGAUAGUUUCUGUCUCUGAUCCUGGUGUUGUGACUGUAGAAACGGAUCCAUCUCAUUCUGGAUCCAUCCCAUCCGGAUGAUAUUAUGAAAAGUUCUGGUUCUGUAGACACUCCCCAACACACGGACUGUUGCCCCUGGCAACGCCUUAACGCACACAGCCCAUCCAGCUAAACAAGCAUGGCAGUAGUUAGUAGUUAGCCUCUACUACACUAGUGAAGGAUAAAUGCUAACUAAAAGUGUUCAGGCAUAUCAUUAUGACCACCUGCCUCAUCGUGCAGCCUGAUCAUGACCCAGUUUCUGGCUCUUUCUCUGGACCGCUGCAGAUGAGACCAAAGUCUGUUUUUUUCUUCUUUCAAACAUUAAUAUUCCCAACUUUAAGGCACGGAUUCUAAGGAGCUGAUGUGUAGAACAACCGACAAAUUGCUGCAUUAAUCAUCUGUGAAGUUAAAAACACUACAAUGAAAAUGAGUCAGCAUUUCAGAAAGUCGCCUGAUGUGAGCUCCUUCCUUUAGAGGGACUGCGACAGACCAGUGUUCAGCAGCUGGUCUGUCGCAGUGCGCUUCAGUCACUCGGUGCCUUCCCCCAUCAUGUCUCCUAUCUGCUCAGGGAUUUUCGCCAUUCUUCUCGUUGCUUUGACUGCAGCAGAGGAAGUUCAACACCUGACAAAGAAGAUUGGUGAGAAUGUCACCUUUGACCUUGGGGCCCAAGAUCUGAAACACGACGACCAGGUCGUCUGGUCGCAUGGUGCCGGCAGCUCUGUGAUCUACGACGUUUCCAUCGGAGAGGAUCAGGAGGUCGACCAGCUGAGGAGAUUUCACCUCAGUCUGAGAACCGGGUCACUCACCAUUCAUGCUCUCUCUGCUGGAGACUCUGAUGUUUACCUUGGACAGAUCAUCAACGGCAGAGGAAGCAGAAAACUCUUCAACCUGACUGUAGAGGAUCCCAUCCCAGUGACCUCUGACCCCCCUCACAGCAGGGAACCCUGGGUAAUUGCUGUCAUUGUGAUUGGCUGCAUCUUCUGUGUGGGACUCAUUAGUUUUGCACUGAAGACACUAAAACCGAAGACCAGAAAGACCAGCAAUGAUCCGACCAGCAGCAGUUUGUGACCAAAGCCAACAGGAAGCUGAUCCACAGAUCGGACCGGCGCUCCGGGUCGGGACCGGCUGACGGGUCCGGACCGGCGCCGUCAGAAGACAGGUGAAGAACUUCCACCAGAAGAAGAUUUUCCAACUCGGUCUGCUCUGGUCCUUCUGUCCACAAACGUUGAUCGAUUUUACAUCAGGAUUUAUGAACUGAUAUUGGUAGAAGAAUUAGUUAGUAAAGUUUUGUUUCUAAAGCAGAUUUUCACAAACAGGAGUCCAAAAAUUCUUUAAAGAAAACAUAAAUAAUCCCUAUUAAUAAUUUUAUUUUCAUAAACUUGUACCAGAAAAGAAGUGUAUUUUUAAUCCACUUAGCUGCCUUCAACACAUUCCAUCAUUUCAUUUUUAUUGUUACUCCUCGGAAAAAUUGAACUUUUAGAUGUUGCAUCUUCAGUUUCUUCUUAAUCUUAAACUAAGAUUUGAUGGCAGAUCCUCUGGGUUUUUGAGUUCCAGCUGUUUCUAAAGGUUUGAAUCUGGAGAAGCUCAGAGCUGGUGAAAUAAUCUGCUACUGGAAAAUAUUUUUUAAAUGUUUGAGGAAAGGCAACUCUGUCUGGAGUUUUGCUGCAUCACUGAAUGUGAUCAAAAAUACACUUAGAGAGUAAAAACUAGAAAUGAAGAGAUUAUAGGAGUGGAUCAGUUCAUACUAACAGAACAGUUCAAUCGAUAGAUGGUCAGGAAAUAUUUAUUUACUUCCAGUUCCUGCCCUUUGACCUCUGGCUCAGGUUUCUCUGUAUGAAACUAACGAGACUUCAUCUCCACAGAGAUUUCUGUUUUUAUGAUUAUUGGCUGAUUUCAGUUUUUCUGUUUAUUCCACGUGUUGCUGAAGUCAGUAACUGUUGGUUGGUUGUGAAUGUGAUUCAUUUCAAUAAAUGUAUUUUCAGUUUUUUUCUCUCUUGCA